GCUUUACAGGCUGUUGUGUCCAUGUGUAGGCGAAUCACGUGGAGAGAAUCCGUUGAUCGUCAUGUCCCUGCUGUAAGAGUUGAUCCGUUCUUAAUUUCAUUUUGGUUGCUACCUCGCUUUGUUUUUAACACUCCCCCCCUCUCAUACAUUUCACCGAAGAAUGAGCGACAACGAAGAUAUCGAUGUUGACAGUGACGCUGACAAACGAGCACAUCACAAUGCGCUGGAGCGCAAACGUAGGGACCACAUAAAAGACAGCUUCAGCAGUUUACGGGACUCUGUGCCUGUGUUACAAGGGGAGAAGGUUAGUGAACAAUCUGUCAAACAGGCUUCCCGAGCUCAGAUCCUAGACAAAGCCACAGACUACAUCCAGUACAUGAGACGGAAAAACCACACACACCAGCAGGACAUUGACGACCUGAAGAAGCAGAAUGCAAUGCUAGAGCAGCAGGGUGAGUGUGGGCUCAAGGCCCAGGGACAACUGCAGGUGCAGGAGGUCCGUGCACUGGAGAAGGCCAAAGGGAACACUACUCUCCAGGCCAACUACUCUUCCUCUGACAGCAGCUGGUACACCAACCCCAAGGGGAGCACAGUGUCUGCCUUCGAUGGAGGCUCCGACUCCAGCUCUGAAUCAGAGACAGAGGAGCCGGCCAAUAGAAAGAAGCUGCGUGUGGAGCCCAUCUAGACUCCAUCCACAGUGUUAUCACCAGAGAGACUUUUAUCCACCAGCCCCCUCCUCCUCCUGUUCAGUCUGUUUCCAUCUUUCUCAUGCCAGUCCAGGAGACAGAGGGAAGACCAUGUGAGAAAGGUGUGAUCAUGGCUUUUCCAACAUUUGUUACAUUACAGCCUUAUUCUAAAAUGGAUUAUAAUGUUUUUUUAAAUGUAUGCGCAUUACCCCAUAAUGACAAAGCAAAAACUGGUUUUGACAUUGUUGCACAUUCAUUAAAAAUAAACAUUUCACAUUUACACAAGUAUUCAGACCCUUUACUCAGUACUUUGUUGAAGCACCUUUGGCAGCGAUUACAGCCUCGAGUCUUGUGUAUGACGCUACAAGCUUGGCACACCUGUAUUUGAGGAGUUUCUCCCAUUCUUCUCUGCAGAUCCUCAAGCUCUUGUCAGGUUGGAUUUGGAACAUCGCUGCAUAGCUAUUUUCAGGUCUCUCCAGAGAUGUUCAAUUGGGUUCAAGUCUGGGCUCUGGCUGGGCCCUUCAAGGACAUUGAGGCUUGUCCUGAAGCCACUGGUGCAUUAUCUUUGUCCUGUAGGAAGGUAAGCUAUCACCCCAGUCUGAUGUCCUGAGCAGGUUUUCAUCAAGGAUCUCUGUACUUCGCUUCGUUCAUCUUUCCCUCGAUCGUGACUGGUCUCCCAGUCCCUGCCGAUGAAAAACAUCCACACAGCAUGAUGCUGCCACCACCAUGCUUCACCGUAGGUAUGAUACCAGGUUUCCUCCAGAUGUGACACUUGGCAUUCAGGCCAAAGAGUUCAAUCUUGGUUUCAUCAGACCAGAGAAUCUUGUUUCUACAUGGUCUGAGAGUCCUUUAGGUGCCUUUUGGCAAACUCCAAUUUCGCUGUCAUGUGCUUUUUACUGAGGAGUGGCUUCUGUCUGGCCACUCUACCAUUAAGGCCUGAUUGGUGGAGUGUUGCAGAGAUGGUUGUCCUUCUGGAAAGUUCUCAUAUCUCCACAGAGGAACUCUGGCGCUCUGUCAGAAUGACCAUUAUUUACAAUGACGGUUAACAGUGGGUUAACUGAAUUGUUCAGGGGCAGAAUGACAGAUUUUUACCUUGUCAGCUUGAGGAUUCGAUCUUGAAACCUUUUGGUUACUGGCCCAACGCUCUAACCACAAGGCUCCCUGCUGCCCCUUUGACCUCAUGGCUUGGUUUUUGCUCUGGCAUGCACUGUCAACUGUGGGACAUUAUAUAGACAGGUGUGUGCCUUUCCAAAUCAUGUCCAAUCAAUUGAAUUCACCACAAGUGGACUCCAAGUUGUUGGAACAUCAAGGAUGAUCAAUAGAAACAGGAUGCACCUGACCUCCAUAACUAAGAACCUGUUUUCACUUAGUCAUUAUGGGUUAUUGUGUGUAGAUUGAGGAAAUGUUUUUAUCCAUUUUAGAAUACGGCUGUAAUGUAACAAUGUGAAAAAAGUCAAGGGGUCUGAAUACUUCUUCUGAAUACUCUUCAACCUUUCUCCUCCUUUGCCAGUGUAUUGUCACACCUCAUGGUGCACCAACAUCUCUCAACACCCCCAAAGUGAGACAGCGCUGCAGUUUGAAGAACAUAAUGCUUUUAAAAGCAUUAUUCAGAAUCGGAUAUGCAGGUGAACAGCUUUAGUCUAGCUACAACAAAUACUCCCAUGUCUCGUUUUGGAUCACCUCAAUGAACCUGUUCGAAGAGUUGAAACUUACACAGACCUUUAAGAAAAUGUCCGUAGGAAUAGUUUACCUUUUUAAUAUUUGUACUUUUCCACAAAAGAAUGUGAAGUUGCUUUGAAAAAAAUGUAAUGCAAUCUUCUGGAAUCAGGGUGGAUGGCUGAAGUCUUUAAAUAUAGGGAUUUGAUUACACAUAUUUCAAAGUGAUAUGUUGAAAUUGAUUUCUUAUCCCAUAUUGUACAUUUUUGUUCAACUUUACCACAUGUCAAUGGAGAUUCUUCAUCAGUGUUGGCAUCAUUUAAUAUAUUCUCACCUCACAGGUUCAGCAAUGUUUUUAUUUUGUUAUUCAAGAAAAUGGAGACUACAUUUUUAUUUU